CAGAGGGUGCUGGAGGAGCGGGACAGGGCUGGCAGCGCCCGCAGCCCAACAUGCUCUUCUUUGCACACCGGCUGCCUGUGAGAGGGUGCUUGCUGCUCUGGCUGCUCCCAUCCAUGCUCAGAGCCCAGUCGAACGGGGAGGCGAGGCUCGGGUCCAUGCCGUGCCAGCAGAGCCCCACAAAGGUGUCUUGCAAAGGGGCUGGCCUGCACAAGUUUCCGAAGGAGCUUGGCCAAGGAAUUAGGUACCUCGAGCUCUCCAACAACUUCAUCCAAAACCUAUCGGACAGCUACAUGCCAGGCUUUGGGCAGCUUGAGUACCUGGACUUGAGCUUCAACCAGCUGGAAGCCCUGUCAGAUAGGACUCUGUCCCAGCUGCCCCAGCUGCGCUCUCUGCUGCUGGGAUCGAACCAUCUGGAUCGCAAUUACCAUGCAAACGGGCAGGCUCUUCGUCUGCUCAGGAAUAUAGAGGUGCUGGACCUGUCAGCAAAUAACCUGGAGAGCCACAUGGUGAGCUGGUACAUCAGGAACUUCACCACACUGAGGAUUCUGGAUCUCUCUGGGAACAAGAUGGUCAGGCUGCCGGCAGGGAUCUUCUGGAGCACACCCCAGCUGCGCGAGCUCGACCUCGGCAACAACUACAUCAUGGAAAUCGAGGAGGGAGUGUUUGAGGCUCUGGAAGAGCUGGAAGUGGUGAACUUGGCUUUGAAUUCCCUCUACUGCAUCUCUGGCUUCAGCCUCACACAGCUGCGAGUUUUAAAUCUCAGUCACAACGCCCUGGAGCUCUUCAUCUCGGAGGAGGGAGCAGAGCCCUACCUGCUUCAAGUGCUCGACUUGAGCUAUAACAGACUCCUCUAUUUUCCAGAGCUCCCCAAAGUCCAUUAUCUCACACACUUAAACCUCUCCAACAACCUUAUUGCUUCCCUGCUCCCAGGCUCACACCAACUGAGGGAGUUUGCACUUCCCUACGAGGAGAUGUUGAGGUUUAAUAGGACCUUGAGUACCGUGGCUGGUCUGACACAUGUAGCUGACUUGGAUCUCAGCAAUAACCAGCUGCAACUGUUCCCAUUCCCCUUCUUCCGCAGUCUGGGCUCCCUGCACAGCCUCAGCCUGGCCAGGAAUUGCCUCCAGGACAUAACCAUGGAGUUGCUCACCAGCAGCACGGAGCCCAGCAACCGCUCGGCCACACCUCUGGAGCAUGCCACCCUCUCCAUCCGCUCGCUGGACCUCCACGACAAUGCCCUCCGCGUGCUGCCACGCUGGUUUUUUGAUUCUCUGCCGCAGCUGGAAAGGAUCGAUCUGGGCUCCAACAGCCUCCAGCCUUGCGAGGGCCAGGGGAGCGACUGGCGCGCUCGCGUGCCAGCCCCAGGAGGCACCUGCACGCCCUUCUACAACGUGCCUCGCUUGAAGCAUCUGAGCCUUCACAACAACAACAUCACCAGGCUGCACCCCUACACCUUCAACCAGACCCGGCUGCUCUCCCUGGACCUGUCAGGGAACAAGGGCUUGUUGGUGGCUAAGGAGGCGCUGCGGGGACUGGAGUUCUCCCUGCAGAAACUCUCUCUGAGGGGCAACCAGAUGGACAACAGCAAGGCAGAGCUCCCCUGCCUGGACACACUCAAGGUCUUGGACCUCUCAGGCAAUAAUUUGAGCCUUUUGCCCACAGGGCUUUUCUGCUCCCCGCUGGAAAGCCUGGAUGUUCGCAAUAACAGCCUUCUGACAUUGGAGAAGCUGGCGCUCACGAGCUGGUCGCACAGCCUGAAGGACGUGUCCAUUGCUGGAAACCCCUUCAGCUGCUGCUCGCUGGCCUGGCUGGACACACUGCAGGCGGCCGGCGUGGGCGUGCGGGACCUGGACGAAGCCCUUUGUGCCUACCAGGAUGAGAGCAGGAACUUCUCCACCAAGAUAACCAGCAGUCCUCGGUGGCUUUGUCCACGUCCCAAGGGCACUGGCUUUCUGGCUCUGCUCGUGGUCAUACUGAGCCUUUUCUUUCUCAGCUUUGGGGUUUGCUGCCUUCUGAAGGACGGGCAGGAGUCACCAGGGUGUGCAGGACUUCGCAGCAACAAGGUGGGGGUCUUCCCCCACUGCCCCAAAAGAGAGGAGCCAGGCGAGGCGAAGCCAACAGACAGCAUCACCAAAGUAUAGCCCAGCCCUGGGCAGCAGGAACUGCAGUGCUCAGUCAGAACUCUAAUUCUUGUUAAUAAUACUAAUUAAUAUUAUUGUAUUUUUGGUCUCCACCCCUCACUGGUAUCCUGU